UCGCCCGGUUCAACUUUGACAUCGAGAAAUAUCCGUAGUACGCCAUGAAACUAUUGGUAUUUUUGCACAAAUAUCUCAUCGCGGUGUAGUUUGAAGGUACUGUAAAAAUGGGGCCGAUAUGUCAAUCCAAACUUGUUUGCGAUAACUUCAAAGUGGCUCUGGGGUCCAAUGGACCCCAGGUUUCCAUUUGAGGGUUAAGCACGGUGUCUUAGAAGAGAUGAGUACACUCUCGUCGUCAUUUGCUGUGCUUCAUUAUAAGUAUUAGUGCACGCAAAAGUUUUGCUCAAGAGCACCAGGUAGGUAUUAUAUACCACAGUCGCUCUGAUGGAUGCCAGAUGAGCUCCGAUGCUGCCAGUAUUCUCUAGUUUUGAUCAUCCAAUGGUUGUGGAAUUAAGGGACGAUUCGCAAUAGUGCUCGCUCGGUUUCAGGGAAAAGUGUUGUUCAAAAUGGAAAGCUCAUCAUUGGAUAAUAGUUUACCUCAUCUAGAGGAUGUGGAGAACAUGAUCAAUAUUUGGUGCAAUGAAAAACCGACAAGCGAUGUUAGCGAAGAUCGAUUAAUUGAGAUGAAACAGUGGUAUGACAAUGAAGCGCUUACGAUGGCUCACGAACAAAGUUAUAACAUAAGCAUUAAGAAGGAUGACAAUGCUACUCCCAAAACAGUUCAGGUCUUCGAGGGAAGUUCCGUGAAUUCAAGCGAUGCUAUUCAGGGGGAUCAAUUUGCAUAUGGUAGUGCUACGCUGACUCUCGUGCCAUUACCUCCAAUAUGCUAUGAUAAUUUCAGUUACGUUUCAACUCGCGUUCCGGGGCAAAGUUUCACGCCAAGUCCAGAAAGUCAGCUAGCAGUUAUAGCAGGUUGCACUCAUAACCAGCCGCAAAGUUUUAUUCAGACGCAACCGAGCAGUGAUCUUCAAGUCUUGCACCAAUUGCAACCCGUACAGCUAGUAUUUCUCAAGCCUGCGCCAAGCCAAGACAUGAAUGAGUUGCCAAACGUAGCGAUCGUGGAUCAAACUCCGCCUUGCAUGUAUGUGCCUAGUCAGGGAACCCCAGUUAACCAAAUGAUGAUCACAUCCGACGCGGAGAGUUUGGGGACCCAACAAGUUCAAGACUUCCCGACGAUUGCAGCACCUUCAACGACUAGCAUUUGUAGCGAGACAAUAUCGCCAUCGAGUGCUGCAGAACCGGCCCCCGGAAUGACUUGCGCAGAAUAUUUUUCAUCAGUGCAACUAACUUUUGACGAUUUGGAUACAUCGGAUCCUAGUUCGGCCUACAGCAUGCCGUCUUUCAGCUAUGCUCAAGUGCUUCAAGCAGCUACGCAUCUAACCCUUGCGGCCCAAACCGUUCAAGCCAUCGAUCCAUCAGCGAGCCACGCCCAAGUUCCGGCUCUCAAAACACUAAUCCAGGAGAAGAAACCACACAGCACCGAGAUCCUUUGCAAAAUCUGCAACAGGAAAUUCUCCGGACCGGCCAAUCUCAGUCAGCACGUGCUUCACAGGCACCAUCAGGGAACCCGACCAUUUCGAUGCACCAUCUGUGGGAAGUCGUACCUCACUGAGCAGGACAUGCUUGAUCAUCGCCGGAACCACGAUCCCAGCAUGAAGCCGUAUAAGUGCCAAAGUUGUGAGAAAAGAUACCGGCAUGGCUUUGAUCUUGAUCGGCACUCCGAAAAGCACCAUGGAACGAUGCCGUAUGUGUGCAUAAUCGAAGGCUGCCCGAUGGCGUUCUCGCGGCGUGAUCACCUGAAGAGGCACUUAGAUAGCCACGAGGGCCAAAGCACCAAACGACAAAGGGAGCGAGAGGAGGAGCGGGUGAUGUCACAAAAUGAGAAGAAGAGAAAUCGCAAAGGAAGGGAAGAGUGAAGGGAACGGACAUCGGUGGCGCUCGCAUCAUUUUCCCUUUCCGUUUGACGUUUGAUGCAUUACCAUCUCAUGCGGACUUGACGAUUUCCACAUGGAACGAAUUUAUAUCAUGCAUGAUGUUUUGUUUGUGUGUGUUUUUGUUUGUUUGUGAUAAUUUUAUAGAAUGAAAACAAAAUUUUUACAAUGAU